UCAAACAAAUUUCUAAACAAAUAACUUGACAUUUUUAAAUUUAAAUGCUUACAGCGCUAUUCAAACUGUAGAAAUGACAUUAAUUUCAUCAGCUGAUGAUUAUUUGACAUUUUAUGUUGUGCUAUACAUUUCUUGCCAUUAAGUAACGCAGCAAAGAGACUUCUAUUAAAAACCAAAAUUUUGAAUAAAAAUAUUUACAGCACUUUGAUAACUAUGUUGCAAAAUUUAAUUAAACAAAUACAAAUACCAAUGCGUAACAUUCCGCGUACGUUUUCAGUCACAACCAAAAAUUUCUCCCUUAAAUCAGAAGAAGCCGCACCGAUUGGAGUUGAGGAUGCAAUCAAGGAUUGGCGUGGCAGGCUUAGGAAAGCCGGUGUUGGAGAUAUCGAUUUCAAUUUAAAAUGCAUUGUAGCACAUGUAUUGAAACGUAAAUUUAAUACCAUUUCGGAUUACCUGUCAACAUCUUUGAAUGAUAAGCAAGUGCAGGAAUUAAAUCGCUUAUGCGAAGCACGUUGCGGACGUAUGCCAUUGCAGUACAUAAUCGGUGAAUGGGAUUUCAUGAACAUAACACUGAGAACUGCACCGACUGUGUUUAUUCCACGCCCGGAAACUGAAGAGUUUGUACAAAAAGUUAUAAAUGAGUACCGCGAUGUUAGUGAACUUAAUCUACUUGAAGUCGGUUGUGGGUCGGGAGCAAUGUCAUUGGCCAUACUGCAUGAAUUGCCACAGGUACGUAGCUUUGCCAUUGAACGCAGCCUUACAGCUACACAUUUAGCUAAAGAAAAUGCAAAACUAUUGGAUUUAGAGGAUCGGUUUGAAGUAUUCAAUCACAUAAUGGAAGCAGAUAAUUACUUGCCACCCGAACUAUGUGAAAAAACCUUUGAUGUAAUUAUAUCAAAUCCUCCUUAUGUAAAAACUGAAGAAUUUCAAUAUCUGCAACCAGAAGUUACUGCAUAUGAAAAUCUGAACGCUUUAGAUGGUGGACCAGAUGGUUUAAAAGUAGCACGAUUAGUGUUUAAUUUGGCUUCUUUGUAUUUGCGUUUUGGUGGCAAACUUUGGUUGGAGCUGGGAACAGAUCACCCACAGCUUGUGAAAAGAAUUAUGAAUCGUCAGUAUUCUGGGCGUUUGAAGUAUAUAGCCGGCUACAAAGACCAAUACAAACAAGAACGUUUUGUUGAAAUUGAAAGAGUUUGAAGUACAGUAUUUCACGUUUUAAUUUUUCUUGCAUUCGAGUAUAACUAUUAGAAUUGAAUUAGAACUUCAUAAAAUGGAGUUCAGACAAAAUAUUUUUGUUAUAGUACAAUAAUGUAUUUAAAAAUAUGUUAUCACGAACCCUAAU